AUGGGACCAGAGGAUCCAGACUUCGAAGUUCAGGCCGGCGGCGUUCGCCUGGCGUCGGCGCUGCGAGCCCUCCAGACUCAGGGCCUCUUCUGCGACGUCGCCAUCUCGACUGGCAAUGAGCAGUACCUGGCGCACCAGGUAGUCUUGGCAUCCAGAAGCAAGAUGCUCCAUGAUCACAUCCUGUCCCAGAGUAAGGACCAGGGCUCUCCAGCUCCGGAACUGUCCUUGCCGCCGCAGCCUUUGGAGAUCCGUCUCAGUGCGGACAUGGCAGCGCAAGAGGCUUGCUGCGAGGCCUUGGGACUCCUGGACCGCUUGUACGGCGAGGGCGGAGCCGAGGGAGCCAAGGGAGCCGAGGGUGAGGCCUCGCACUCGCAGCUCUCGGAGGCCCUGGAGGUAUCCGAGGCGCCCCUGGCUCUCGGCCUGCAAGGGUUGCAAGCGAAGGGCUUGCUGUGCGAUAUUCUGCUCACCGUGGGCGACAUUCACAUCCCGGCACACCAGGCCGUUUUGGCAGCAUCUUCUUCCGCUCUGAAGAGGCUGAUCUUAGACGGCGCCAAGCAGCUCUGCGAUAGCUCCGCCAAGAUGCCCUGCAACACCUUCGAGCUGGAAAUGCGCGGCAUCAAGCACGCCGAGGCCAUCCGCGUUCUGGUAGACUUCCUCUACGGGAGCCCAACCUGGACAAAGCAUCAAGUCUCAGAGGAGGUGUGCACGGACAUCUUGCAUCUCGCUUCGGAGCUCCGCCUCCCGAAGCUGCAGGAGCAAGCCUUGCAGUGGAGCAGGAGCCGCACCUCAAGCACACCAGGUGAGGAGGCUCUGCUUGAGGUUCACGAGGCAGAGGACCCUCCUGCUUCCACACCUCCUGCCGUAGAGCUUCCGGAAAGUCAGCCGGAAGCAGAAGCCGUUCAUCCUGAUCGGCUCGAGUGUCACAAGGACCUCGAGGACUGUGGACAGUUCUGGUCAAUGAAGUGCGUGAGGUUUAACUCAACUGCUCCAAUACCGAUGCAGCCGGCGAUGGGUGCCAAGGAGGCUGCAGAGCAUGCUGGCGAGAUCUACUGCCGCCAGGAUGGCGCGUUCCUGGAGAAGCUGGUGCAGCUCUUCUGGGAGAGACCCGUCUGGCUGGAGUCCGGCCUGAAGGCAGCGCCAGUGCUGGCGAAGCUGAUGGACGCCGACAGGCUCCGAAGGCUGCUGCCCUUCGUCGCGUAUCAGUGGAAGGAUGGGCCCUGGCAGCAGGGCUAUGCGCGUCUAGGCUGGGAUCCAAGGGAGGAGCCUGAGGAUGCUCUGCAGCUCCAGGUGAUCGCGUUUAAGGACACUACGUUUCCUGGCAAAGGCAGAGAAAGUCCUGAGGUGUCCGAAGACAUCUACUUCUCCCGUCCUCCAACUCGGCGCUGGUCUCUCUAUAUGCUUGAGUUAAUCGAGGACAACUUCAUCGAAUCCCUCGUGCAAGGAUGUGGAGGUGCUGCACCCAACCAAGACCGACCGCAGUGUGAUCGGAAGACGGGAUUCCUGGGGCAAGUGCUCCACGAGGCGAUUCUGGAUCGCUUGGAGGUGACCUUGGAGCAAGCAGCCGUGCGGCAGAAGGUUCCGGAGACUCGGGUCGGAAGCAGAAGCAAGAAGCGAUACUGUCAGGAGCUGGACUUCUACACGAACAACUACUGGAUAUGGGGAGGCACAACAGUCAUCAUGGCGGGUUUCGCCUUGGCCGAGUUGACGCGAGAAAUUCCACAAGGUACGCAUCCGGCUCUGGAGUGCGCCUACUUGGGAUUCACGGCCAUCUGUCUUAGUUUGGACCUGUGCAUCGUGACCUGGACCGUUCUGGUCUGCACCUGGGGCCCAGGAAAUGCUCUACGCGGGCCCGACGGAAUGAAGUCAUUCCACGAUACCAUAGCUCUCCUCAAAGAAGAACAAAUGCCCAUCUACUAUGCUUUUGUCGUCAGCAUUGUGGCAUACUUCGGGUCAUCGUGCUGCCUCUUGUGGGUCUACCCCUCCGACUUUGUGCCCAAUGCUGUGGGCACAUGUGUUCUGAUACUGUCAUUCGCGGUGAUUGUCUACAUGCAGUACACCUUGGAGCAUCAAGUUGGUGUUCUUGGAAACUCCCAUGACGACGACGGUCGCAUCAAGACCUUCACAGCUCUUGAUGAUGUCGCAGAUCUGGACAUGUGCAACUCCUCGCUUGGGAAGCACCUGGGCGCAUCGCUCGCUCCGGCGAUGCAGUUUCGUUUUGGUCUUGGUUGGAAACGGGAGGCAGCUUCUGUAGAUCACCAGCGGAACAACGAGAAGUCACUUACUGGAACGUUCAGUGUUUUUCUUGGGCAUCGCCAACAGGUGCCUGUCGGACGUGCCAAGUACUACCUGAGAAGCGAGGCCCACGUUUUCUCUGAGACACCUCCUUUCGAGAUGCUCCGCUAUGCUUCGCGCUCCUCCGAAGAGCGGAGGACCGUACUGAUGCUGAUGAUGCGCGCCCCGGGUCCCGGACUGGGGCCGCUGAUGCUCAUGAUGCGCGCCCUUUGGUUUGGCGAGGAGAAUGAGCAUCAAUGCGGAUUGUCGUUGCCAGGUGAGCCACAUGUCCGAACACGGCACGUGAUGGAGCCAUUUGAGGAUGCGGAUGUUGCAGGCCCAAGCGAGCAAGAACCUAUCGAAGGUGCAGAAGGCCGCAAGGUGCAUGUGAAAGAGCUGGCACCUCCAGAGCUGGGGGGCCCCCUCUUCGAGCAGUGCCGAGCUCGCAAGAAGAAGCCGACCGUGGGCACGGAGGACCACAGCAUCCACAAUGCCAGUGUUAGUCUUCUCUGGAGUUCGCUUGGAAGGCAAGCUGUGGCGUGCUCCCUUGAGCAAACCACUUUGGUGAAUUUUGCGAGCAAUGGUGACGCAGUUCUGAGCUGCUGUGAUGCGGCAAAGACUACUUGUUCGGGCUGCGCGGAAGUUUCUGGAUCCAGUUGCAUCAGCUGUGCUGGCGGAUUUCGGAAAGGGCCCGGUGGAUGCAUUGCCUGUCGCGACAUUCCGGGUUUCGUGGACCCUUCUGGCCACACUUGCGCAGACUAUGUGGCCCAGGGGAUCUGCCAGGAUGGCAGCAAAAACCCGUCUGAUUUCAACGCCAACAUUGCGGCUCAUGUCGCCAUGGCAGAGUACAAAUACAACGGACUCAGCGCUGUGGAUGCCUGCUGUGCUUGCGGCGGUGGUCUACAAACAAGCACUCCCUUCACAUACUCGGCAAACCUCCGAUCUUUUGUUCUGGGUGCCACGAUGAAGGACCAGCCCCACCCGCGUACCGCUUCCAGCUACCGGGUGGCUGGCGUGCUGGAGGGCUCAGGAUGUGAUUUGCACUCGAUUGGUUUGCAGCUCAAUGCUGAGACGGGGGAAAUCUCGGGUAUCCCCACGGCAGAGGAACCUGUGGAGGUGGAGUGUGUCAUCCAAGCGGUGCAGGACGAGUCUAAAGGCUUGAUUGAGAACAGCAGUGUCAAGAUUAGUUUGCAGCACUUCGCCUAUGCGGGGAAGCUUCUUUCUUUUCCAGCAGAGAGCCCCUACUUGCCCCGCACAUCCAGCAGUAGUACCUACAGCAACUGGCGUGUGGCAUGUACACCACACGCCCCGUGGCUGACGAUCGAUCAGCAAACGGGGGCCCUUACAUCAUCAAAUAUUGGAGCACCCGACGCCGCUUUUUGCACCGUCACCGCGUACAACGGAACAACAGACCUGACGCUGCCCUUGCCUGUCGUGGUGCCCCGGCAGUGGACGGCCAUGGACCUGCGACAAGUGAUUACAGAGGACAAAAAGGUGUCCGUCGGAUCUGUCUUGGACCUUGUGGCGGGACGAGCAGUGCCUCCAGUGGCUGUAGCAUCUGCAGACGGCUCCGACCAUCUCACUCCGCCGGUGGUCUUCUAUGCAGCGUGCGAUGCGGAUGGCGAGCACGUUUCCUUCGACACGACGACAGGCGACGUCCUGGUUCGUGGCCAUGUCGCUUUUCGUCUGGAGAUGCUGAGUGGGGAGUUCACAGGCAUCCCUGACAUCGGAGUCCUGGGUAGAUGCAGUGCUUCUUCCCGCUGCAAAGUUCAACUCCAGUGCACGAUUUUCGGGGAGCUUGCCUAUCAACCCCCUGGAUCACUGCCCAAGUUUCUCAAGCACAGCAUCACCGUGGUAAUCCGCGAUGACACUUGCUGGCAGCAUGUGUCAGGUCCCGAGAAAACCUGGACACGCCUUGAGAAGCUGGAAGGAAGUGGAACCUGUCGCAGUCGCUGCCGGGCUUCGGCCGGUUGCUCCGCAUACCAAGAGGAGGAGGAUGGGGAGGCCUUGUCCAGCUUUGCCGAGAAUAACUUUAACGAUCGUGGAGACACCAGCACAGACACAAGCACGAAGUACGAGUACACGCUGAGCAACGGCUACAAAUGCACCUUGUCGGGCUGGACGCACACCCGGGGCUACCAGAACGGGUACUUGCGGAACGUUGACGGCAGUGGAAUGGCCGUGGUUUCUGGUCUGGAGCCGGGGGCGCUGUACGCCUGGAAAAUCUACCAAUACGGGACGAACUCGAGGUUUGCCGGUACAAAUCCACUGCAAGUCAACGGCGAGAGCUUCGGCUCGACAACCGCCUGGCCAAAAGCAGAUGCGACGAAGACAGGCUUCACGCGAGCAACUGCUGCAGGUGAGAUUAGCUUCGAGUUCGUGCGGAAGACGAGCCAUGUCACCGUGUCUGGAAUAGCCAUGGGCAAGGCACCUUCGUGCUUCUCAGCGCGCUCCGUGGCUUCCGAGUCCUGCCCGGAAGCCUGCUUCUGUGAUGCGGGGAAAAUGUGCAAAGGCUGGUGUACUCAAGGUGGGGCGUGCCAGACUGCUGCACCCAACUGGGGGCUUGACUGCCGUGGUUGCGGCGUCGCCGAGUUUUCCAGCGCAUGGGUUCGUAUCAGAGAUUGUGAUGCCCAGAGCAACUGUCUUUCCGUGUCGAAGAAGGGCGGUGGGGCUGCCUUCUUGGAGGGCGUCUACUGCCCAGCCAGUGAUGGUGAGAAAGAUGGCUUGCUACCCUACUACGCAAAACCAGGUGAGGUGCAAGAAGCCACAUUGUACCUUUCGCCCUGGCAGCCUUCGAGAGAGACGCUGCAGGGUUGCCCAACAGGCACGGGUUGGGUGAUCCGCCGCGCAAGUUCUCUUGACUUCUUCCAGGGCGAGUACGUGGAGCUGCGGGGCGACGUGCUGGCCUGCUUCCACUCCGUGGGCGACUCUGGAAGCAAGUCCUGGAGCAUCGGAGAUGCUGUGUUGGACGAGGUGAAGUCGGAUUUUCAGCUUACAAUCCUUGACACCAGCUAUGUGGAGAGUCGUGCGCAGGCAGCUCCAACUGAUGAAGUGCAUAUGGUGCCAGUCGCGCGGAUGUGUGCAAAUCCGCUGGAAGAAAGGCGUGCAACCAAGAAGAAAGGGGAGAAGGACGAAUUGACCAGUGAGGAGGCCUUUACCUUCGACGAUCCGGAUGCCCCAAGCGGCCUUGGGCACUUCUACUCGCUCGGCCCAUGCGAAUGCUUCAGCGGAGCAUUUGGAGCAAAUCCACCAGUUACGGAAACAACCUUUUCCAUGAUGCCACCAGGCAGUGAUAAUGACUUUGUGCCCGCGAGCACAUUGCUGGUCUCUGGAAGCCUUUCGUGCGAACCGCAAUACAUGAUGCUGUCGUUGGUUGGGGUUGGCGCAACAGGAUGUGAGACAGCCUGCCGAAGCGGAGACUACGACACCGCUACGGAAGCAUGUGCCUUCUACUUCACGGGCUCUUAUACUGACGUAACUGUGUGUCGGCUGUACAGCUCUUGCGGAAGUUUGGUACAGGAGGUGAACAGCCAUGGCGAGCUGUUCGGUGUUGCCAAGACGAGGGCGUGUCUCAUUGCAAAUCCGGAGUCGUGCAAACCGAUCAAGCGUGAGAAGUGGCUUGCUGAUGGUGCUGACACUUCUGGACGCUGCCUCUUCGAGGACCUGAUCUCCCAGUGCGACGCAUCUUUGAUCCACGGUGGGAGCGGCAUCUCAGAGUGUGGCCACUGUACGCACAUGCUUUUAUCGGAGCAUGCCGUGCAGCUUUCAAGAAUGAAGCGGCCGUUGCCAUCGCUGUUUCAAUCUGGAUCGAUGAUUUCCGUAGGUUGUGACGAUCGUUAUGCUGGCUUGAAUCGAUAUGGUAAUGACGUCUUGCCUUCGCAGAACAUCAUCUGCCAGGACGGCGAGUGGGUGGAUCCGAAGGGCGGGCCGGGCCUUUCCGCUCUGCAGUGUGUGGCUUGCGUCCGAACCACUCCGGGAAGCAAGUCCAACAGCCUCACGGACUUCAUCGGCGCAUCGCAGCAAGAACGAUGGUGGCUGCAAAGGCACUCGGUUGAGAUCCGUAGCUGGAAUGAUCUUUGCUUGGCGAGCGACUCGGAGCAAACGCAACGUGCAGAGAUUACUUUCACUGACAACACGGACCUACCGCCGCACGUGACCUCUCCGUCGCACCGCCGCAGGCGGCGAGCAUAUACGGAUGAGAGCUACCGUCGACGCUUCGUGGACAGUGGCGAGAAAUUUGGGAGGGUUGGCUGGAAGUCUGGCUUUGUCUAUGGCUGGCGGGGCACAAACGAAGAUUGCCAAUUCGACCAGCGGACGAAGGUGUCCGACGGUCUCAAGCUGGGAUGGAACAUCAACGGAAAUUGUAGGAGGAGAAGGAGAGCUUGCUCCCACGAGAAAUUCGAAGACGUGCCUUCCGUCGUGAAGUCGAUCCGCUAUACCAUCAGUUUCAAGGCCAGAGUCGUGGGGGACUACUCCGAUGGCUGGAACUGGCCCGGGCAUUAUAGCAGCUCCGCGUGCGCACAGGACCGCUGCCUUGUGAGCGUGAACUGUCCCUCGGGCCAGACCAUGGUCAAGUGCGAGGCAGUCCCAACUUUCGGUGCUGCGACUGCAUCGGGUGGUGCUCAAGUGACGUCCGGAGGCACCUGCCAGGCCACAGGCGGGAAGCUUGGGGCCAACAUCCAGCAAGGAGCAUGGAAAGAAGGGAAUAAAGACAGCUGGACGUCAUGGGCAACUUGCCCUUCCGGCACUGUCGCCGUGACGCCUGCGGGGCUGUAUGCUGGCAAUACCUUCGGGGGCUACGACACGGAGUACUACCUCAAAAUGAUGGGAGAUCGACGACGCCGUCUUUCCUACCACACUAAGCUAUGCCCUGCAGGACAGUUCAUGAAGUUUAUCAAGACAUGCGCUGCUGGCAAGUGGGACUCGAUGGACAUUGCUUUUUGCACGAGUGGCCAUCGCAUAGAUUCGAGUUUCAAAGACGGAUGCGAUCAAAGACGAAGACGACGGCGAGUUGAGGUGCAUGCCCACGUGCAGUACGACAACAUCGCUGGCACGCGCAAAGUCACAGGACAGGAGCGAGGCAAUGCGGACAAGGUCUGCUUUGAAGGUGGCACUUGCCGGGGCAACACCAAUUCAGAUGCCUACUCCGAGACCUGCGGUGACAGAGGCCUCCUUGCAGGCUGGAGAGAAUAUGACCGGCGCAGGUCUGUUCAGUGGAUAUGCCGCGAAUUGAAGCCAGUAGUGAAGCGCUUCGAAUGCUCCUCUAGCGGGUGCAAAGCUGAAUGCGCAAACGACAAGUGCCAGAUCAGACCCAACUGUAUUCAAGCUCCAUCUUCUCAAGUGACAAAUGGGCCAUCAAGAACGUCAAGUGGUGCCAACCAGUGGACGGCAUGGUCUGAAUGCCCAUCGGGCCACAAGGCCGCGGGGCUGCGAUACAUGGAAAUCCUUGGAGACAUCAGAGGCGGAAGAAGCCCGGGUGGCAGCGUGCAUCAAAUUGACUGCUCCAGUACAGGGUGCAGGGCCAUGAGCAGGGGCCAGAGGAUUACCAUCAAGGCAGCAUGCAUCCAACAUGCUGAAGUGGCGGCGGGAAACUUGAUCGACAAGAACCUCGGUUCAGGGUACACCGCCAAGUCGACCUGUCCGAGUGGCUUCAAUCCUAUUGGUAUCAGAAACUUGGACUCCACCGAACUAUACGACGCUGUGCGAAAGUGGCAUUGUGACUCCUCCGGAUGCAUGGUGGAAUGCAACGGAGUCGGGCGUUGCAAAGUUCGCGCUCUGUGUCUGUCAGCCAUGACGCGGGCACGCGCGACGUGUUCGACCAGCCACAAGAGCCUGGUGAUCACAACUUCAUCAGGGCCAGACUCCAGAUCUGCUCCGGCGUGUCCAGCAACACACCAAAGCAUUCGAUGCCUCUGCAUGUCCGAUAGUGGCGUGUGUUCGAACUCCAACGGUGUGGCUGGUCCCAGCAGCUGCACCGUGGAUUUUGGCCGAAGACGCCGGCGGCGUCGCAGAGUCCUGCAAACGGUCUCGCGCAUCUGCGCGCAAGGUGAAGCCAAGCUCAAAGUGUCCUUAGGGACGGAAUCUGCAGAACUUCAGGAUUUUCGGCACGACUUCACCACCAAGACAUUGCAGUUGACGGCACCGCAGUCAGGUAAUGUGCGCCUGCGGUUUGAAGAGCGGUUACGUCGAAAUGCCAGAUUGUUCUUCGAGGAUGUCAGCAUCACAGAUUCCGAAUCUGAUAUGGGAAAGCAGAGCUUGAUGAUUGACCCGAGUAACGUUUGUUCAGGAUCGCGAUGGGAGAUCGAGAUGCCGGCAACCGAUGCCGGAACACCGUAUCAGGUGACAAUUACAUACGGAGACAGUCGACGAGCAGUGGACACUUCAACAUGUACGAUCGGGACAGAGGGACGAAUGAAGGAUGCAUCCCACCCAGACGGUACCAUUGCGCAAAAUGCGUUCGCGACCGUGACGAAGCCGGUAAUCAUCUACGGGAGCGGCGGCAAAGGGAAGCUCGCCUUCUCGGGGGAGCUUUCGGCAGGUUGCUCUGGAAUCAACAAGAUCAGCAUCUCCAAGCAGGACUCUGUCUUUUGGUCCUCUUGUGGCGCGGCCUUCAGCAAGGCCUGGAGCCUGGAGGCCUCCAGGCAGGCGCCGGGAAACGUCCAGCUUGUCUACCGAGAGCGACAAACAGCCGCAUGUGUGGACCCGAUGACCGGCAAAAUGGAGGACUGUGCGCUGGAGACAGAUGUCGAAGCGCACACGAAGCAGGUUUUCUCUUUGGAUUACCUGGCUCCCCUGACGGCGCGAUGGACCCACAUGGCCUCCGGACAGAACCUGCAGCCUGGGGCCUGUGUGCGAGCUCAAGACAGGUAUCUGCCGAACCUCAAAGUCAACCAGCCACUCGUGUCCUGCGCAGCUGGGCAGGUGCUGAGCUCCUUCUCCUUCCGACAAGAUAGCUCUUGCAACGGUGCUGACUAUUUCCGCUACUUCUACAGUUGCACAACCAUCGUUCCGGUGAAGGGUGCUUCGAUGUGCACCCCGAAGACGACACGCUGCGUUGCCCACAGUGGCAGCCAUCCACACUUGUGGGAGCUGGACAGGCACGACGUGGGAUCGCAGUGCGAAGCUGGAACGUUGUUGACGAAGUUCGAGUACAAGAGCUGCAAUGGGGACGAUGGUGCUGGCUAUCAAUAUGCAUACACAUGCUGUCCGGUUCAAGGUUUGGGUGAAUGCUCCGAAGAAACAACGGAAUGGGGAGAGGUUGGCCAGAAGAGCGACCUGGCAGCCUUGGCACACCACCGACCUCAGUGCCCUCGAGACAGCGGUUUGCAGCGCUUCCUCCUUGAGUCCAAAGUUCCGGAGGUUGCUCAAGGUGCAACUCUCCAAGGAGAGGUCAGGUACACCUUUGUCUGCUGCAUGCUUCCAAUGGCACCGCCGGUCAGUGUCAAGACGGGGCCAUUGGAUGCAGGCGACGCGUGGGAAGGCACAUAUUGUCCAGCAGGACGUAGCGAAGGUCGGGCCACUCUUAUGCGAGGAAAGGCCUCGUCCCCUUAUUUCUCCAAGAGAGAUGAUGUGUCAUGUGGCUACCACAAGGACAAGCUAGCCAAAAUUGUGGAUGGCGGGGCUUACAUGCCCAGCACAAGGGCGGGCGCCCUGAGCACGUGCGGCCCAGUCUGCGCUGCGGAACCGAGCUGCGAUGGCUUCAUUUGGAUUGAUGGGAUCUGUGGCUUCCGCAAGGACACAUCACACAAUGUGGCCUCCGAUGCUCGUGCCGACUGCUACAGCAAGGUGCCGGAGUCGGCAGCCAUGACGAUAAAGUUUGACCGUCUUGCUGGCCAUUGGUGCAUGAUUUCUCACAUCCAGCAGCCCCUCUGUACCACUGCUGAUGUAUCGCAUCCACUUCAGCUCCCUCCGGGAGGAGAUGGUAAUAUCGACUACUCCCCAGUUUUGCCAAUGGACACAGAGUUUGAGGGCAAUGGGGCCGUGGAAGUGGCGCGCGACUCGAUGGCCCAAAGCCUCCUAGGAACUUCGAAUUCUGCAAUGAGCCGAGCUGGGACUGGCGGCGGGCUGGGAAACAAGAAGUUCAAGAAGUUACCCAAGAUCCCAAAAGCCAAGUUCAACAUGGCAAAGUUCGAGAUGGCGGAGUUCAAGCCUUUCGAAGGGGAACGCCAGGAGCUUCAACAGCGUGGGGUAACGGAAGCCGUGCUGAACUGGAAUCCGGAGCCCGUCGUGUAUGCUCCGCACUGCCUGGCCCGAGAGAGCCGCGAGAAGAUCACGGGCUCUGAGCCCGUCGAGGGUGACCACUACCUCAGCGUCGAGGAGAGGCAAAAGGAUGUGGUGGGUGCUUGCUACCACGCUUUGGGGGCAGACUCCAGUGGAGCAGCGGCUGUGGAGACCUGGGGAGAAGAGGGCACGCCAGGGAAGAAGAAUACGGAUUGGCAAGAGCCGUACUUUGCCGCCAAUCCGACUUUCCCUGGCCUCACGGCCGAUGCGGUCUGGGACUGCUCCACGCGCGACAUCAAUCGUGGAUACAAGCUGGCCAUGUGGGACCGCGAAGCGGACUUUGCAGCUAGCACCAUCGAGGACUUCUCUGAACCAGUCGUGACAAAGUCCUGCAUGAACAUUCCUGGGACGGUGAUGCUAUCUGGUGCCAUUGCGGCUUAUGCAGGAACAGACAUGGACACCGGGGACAUGUGUGCUGCCGUCGCCGGUGCAGUCUCUGCAGGAUCCCUGUUCGCCAUUGCCCAGACGCAGUACUACAGGGCGCUGAGGUAUGACGAAAGCGACUUCCAAGACUGCAAUCCUUUGCAGAACACAAUGGCGAAGGUUUACUGCGACCUCUCCUGCGUGGAGGACGCCGUGAAGCGAGGUGACCAGAGAAUCCUGAGCUCCAUUGGUACCUUGAACCGAAACAUCCUUUCGGAGAUGAGGGAGUUCUUCCAGCACUACGUCUCAGAGAUUUUUACCCGCUUAACCCACAUGGAAGACAAGCAAAGCCACGAGAGUUCACAGCUGAAGAACGUCAUGGACACCUACGCCCAAGCCGACCUGAACGCCGUGAACUCCAACGGAAAGCAGAUCAUCCAAGCCAUGAACUCCCAGCACAGCGCCUUGAACAAGAACCUGGGCAUAGCUGCCAAGCAGAUCUUCGACCUCACCCACGAGGAGCACAAAGUCAUCGCUGCGAAGAUGGAUGCACAUCUGGCUGCGACUUCUGAUGCCAUUGACAACUUGAAGGAGUCAACGGCACAAGGCUUCCAUGACGCUUUCAGCGAGUUCACCGAAGCCCUGGCAUCGGAAGAGGGUGCUGCCCUCACACAGUUGAGACAGACCCACACGGCUGCCAAGCAAGCUUUGGAAGAGAUAUCAGCCUGGAAUGUGGACGGGGCCAUGUACCGCCUCGGUUCUGCCAAGCUGGAGCAAGUUGAGCAGGCCCUGCUUGCCCUUCGCAACCAGCUUACACAUGCUCGUUCUCGGCAAGCUGGAAGGGAAGCGUCGUCCAACGUCACAGUGCGGUCCGAGAGGCUCCGGGAGGGUGCGGCGCUUCACCGUGACACAGCGGCCAUUGCCAGAUCGUUGCUGGGCUGGAAGGCGAACCUGCCCGAUUCCGAGCCUGCUCUCAUUGACUUGGAGAUGAAGAAGCUUCUUAAGGCGGCGCAGACGUCGAUCCGAAGUCACCGCCAUUCUGCUCAACACAUGAGUCGCCACAUCGCGUUCUUGAGAGGCGAGUCUGAGGCCGCCAGGCUUGACCAGUUCCACAUGGAAUCCCAGGUUGUGGAGUUCGACAAGAUCCUCCUGAAGAUCCGCCAGGCCGCGGAGGAGUACAUGGAAGCGGCGCAGGAGCAAGUGGACCAUGUCAGCACUGCAACGGAGCUGACUGAAGACUACUUGUCCAAGUGCAGUGUUGAUUUCUUGCAGGUGCAGGUUGCAGCAAAGCGUGCCAUGCAUGUGGGCCAGCGAGCGGCGAGAGCAGCAGGCCGAGCGUUGCGGGAGGUCUGCCAGCAGGUGGGGCUCCUAGCGGAGGUGCUGGUGGACGGUGGCCUGGUCCGCUCGGCGCUGCAAGCGGCAGCAGCGGCCGCCGCCGACGCAGCCAAGCCAAGCCUUCGGGUCGUGGCGGAGUCCGUGGAGAACUUGGACGGGGUGCCUGACAACCCAGUGCAGCCUGCGCAUCAAUCCAAGCUCGUGCUCCAGCAGCUCCAUGCCACUAUUUCUCGGACGGCACGGAAGCGCGGGAUAACGCAGGUCUCUACAGCAUCUUCGCUGCUCCAGAUGCCUGAGCUCUUCCACAUCCUGCACCUGAGCAUGUUGACACAGCUGACAGAGUGGAUGCCGCCAGUGCUGCCAAAAGCCCAGGCGGCCUUCAAACUGGCACGUCAUCUGCGCCAUCGACACGACAUGCACGGCUUGUCUCGCAGUGAGGAGGAUGCACGGCUCAUGCACUCAGCCUGGCGGCGUCUCGAUGCUGAACUUCAAGAGAUGGCUGGAGAAAGCAGCGUGCGUCAUACUGCGUUGGGUGCUUUGUUUGCCCAGCAAAUGGAUGAAGUACUGGCUUUAGCAGCACCUGUACCGGAAAACUGCACUCUGGCUGGACAGGAGGGCUGGAUGCUGUGGGCUGCCAUUCCUUCGGACACGACCGCCUACGUCAUUGUCAAAGGUGCGGCCAAUCUCGUGCAGCACGCCCGAGGACGUCAUCACCGGAGAUUGGAUUUUGCCGCCAUCUCCAACAGCUCCAAGGAUGCAGGGAGCUUUGAAGCGAUGGUUUGCAACUCGCAGACCGGAUCCGCGCGUGCUGUGGAGGUGGGCGAGGUGGUGGCGUGCUUCUCAAAUGAGACGCACGAGUCAGGCUGCAAUGUGGUGCUUAACCUGCCGGUGGUUUCACCGGCUGCUUGA